AUGGCCAAAGGAACUGCAUCCUCCCCAGCUACCGCGACGGCGACGCCCCCCUCUGCAGCCCUGAAGCGAUCCACAUCCAGCACGCAGAACAUGAAGAACCAAAAGUCUAUCCUGGGGUUCUUCCAGAAGUCGUCCCCUGCGACGCCGUCGAACGCAGCUCGCAGCGCGGACCCUGCGUCCUCGCCGGCACAGCGGGUGUCGGAGAACCGGGGCAAGGGAACAACAACAGCAUCUUCGGCACAGAAGAAGAAAGGUCCGGCGAAGUUCGCACAGAAUCUGACCCCCGUCCCGAGUAGUGACCUAAUCAUUCCUGAGGAGGAAGAGGAGGGGGAGGGGGAGGAGGAACAAGAGACAGAGACGACGCCCAAGGCUGACGCGGCGUCGACUUCACCUUCUCGCCGAGCCAAGAAGCAGGUCAAUUAUAUUGAGUCGGACUCGGAAGGCGAAGAUGAUGAUGAACAGAUAUUCCGUCCCGGUCGGAAAAACGCUGCCCGAGGUCAAGCAAACAAGCGAGUGAAACUGUCUGCCGAUAGCGAUGAGGAAUUCGAACAGAAAGAUGGAGACGCUGGAUACUCCGACGAUGAAAUGGAGGAUUUUAUUGUUCCGGACGAUUCGGAUGAGGAAGCCAGACCGUCAAAGAAGCGCAAGAGACCAGCACAGCAGCCUGUUCGCAAGUCGACUUCACUUUCUGACCAGCCUGUCCCUCCAUCUCCCGAUGGUGAUUUGGAUCUCGAACUCCCAGAGGCCUCGACUGGAACAGCCUUGAAAUGGGCGUACGACCCCGAGAACUCGGAGCCACGCAAGGCCAGACCGGCUGCUCCUGCAGCCCCGAAGACGCCGUCAAGCACUCGCAAGGAGAAAGCACAUGUCAGAGAGCCUGAAGACAGGUAUCCUUGGCUUGCCAAUCUUCGGGACAUGGAUGGCCACGCUCCUGACCAUCCGGAUUACGAUCCUCGAACCAUUUAUAUCCCACCAUUGGCAUGGUCUAAGUUCUCUCCCUUCGAGAAGCAGUACUGGGAAAUAAAGCAGAAAUUCUGGGAUACGGUUGUAUUCUUCAAGAAGGGAAAAUUCUACGAGCUAUAUGAAAACGAUGCCACCAUUGGCCACCAGCUAUUCGAUCUUAAACUCACUGACCGCGUCAACAUGCGCAUGGUGGGUGUUCCGGAAAUGAGUCUGGACCACUGGGCGAACCAAUUCGUCGCCAAAGGCUUCAAGAUCGCCAGAGUCGACCAGAUCGAGUCUGCUCUCGGUAAAGAGAUGCGCGAAAGAGAUGGUAAGAAGGGCAACGCCAAAGAGGACAAAGUCAUCAAACGCGAACUGGCCAGCGUUCUGACAGCGGGAACUCUCGUUGAAGGGUCAAUGCUUCAGGAUGACAUGUCGACCUACUGUGUUGCCAUCAAGGAAGCAAUUAUCGAUGAGCUUCCUGCUUUUGGCCUGGCAUUUGUCGACACCGCGACAGGCCAGUUCUUCUUGUCUGAGUUUGUUGAUGAUGUCGACAUGACCAAAUUCGAAACCUUUGUCGCCCAGACUCGCCCUCAAGAACUGCUCUUGGAAAAGUCUACCGUAUCGCAAAAAGCCAUGCGUAUCCUUAAGAACAACACUGGCCCGACAACCAUCUGGAACCAUAUGAAGCCCGGAAAGGAGUUCUGGGAAGCUGAUAUCACGGUGAAGGAGCUUGACGCCAGCAAGUAUUUUGUCUCCGAAGAUGACGAGAACCUCACCGCGUGGCCAGAGGUUCUGCGGGCAGCCCGUGACAAGGAGCUGGUCAUGUCCGCCUUCGGAGCCUUGGUGCAGUAUCUCAGACUGUUGAAGUUGGACCGUGACCUGAUUACCAUCGGCAACUUUACCUGGUAUGACCCGAUCAAGAAGGCCUCCAGCCUGGUCCUCGAUGGCCAAACUCUGAUCAACCUCGAGGUUUUUGCCAAUUCGUUCGACGGUGGCAUAGACGGAACUUUGUUCCAGCUUCUGAACCGUUGCAUCACGCCCUUUGGAAAGCGAAUGUUCAAGCAAUGGGUAUGCCACCCCCUUAUGGACAAACAGAAAAUCAAUGCCAGGCUCGACGCUGUUGAUUCUCUCAACGCCGAUUCGAGCAUCCGUGAUCAGUUUUCCGGAUGCCUGGCUAAGAUGCCGGACCUCGAAAGACUGAUAUCGCGAGUCCAUGCCGGAAACUGCAGGGCACAGGACUUUGUGCGGGUCUUGGAAGGGUUUGAGCAAAUAGACUACACCAUGAGCCUGCUCAAGGAAAGUGGCUCUGGUGAUGGCGUUAUUGGCCAGCUUAUCAACGGCAUGCCCGACAUGAGCUUAUUGCUAGAGUAUUGGAAGACCGCCUUCGAUCGCGCCAAGGCCAAGGAGAACGGCAUCUUGGUGCCGGAGCCUGGCGUCGAAGAAGACUUCGACAGCUCCCAGGGGUACAUCGAGGAACUUCACCAGGAACUCGAUAACUUGUUGAAGAAACACCGUCGAGAGCUCGGCUCAACCGCCAUCUGCUACCGCGAUAACGGCAAGGAAAUCUACCAACUGGAGGUUCCGAUCAAGGUGAAAAAUGUCCCAAAGCACUGGGACCAAAUGUCUGCCACAAAGCAGGUGAAGCGAUACUACUUCCCAGAGCUGCGGUCCCUCAUCCGCAAGCUGCAAGAGGCCCAGGAAACACACAGUCAGAUUGUGAAGGAAGUUGCUGGACGAUUCUAUGCGCGAUUUGACGAGAGUUACAUGACCUGGCUUGCUGCUGUGCGGAUAGUCGCCCAGCUUGACUGCCUGAUCAGCUUGGCCAAAGCUUCAUCGUCGCUUGGCCAACCGAGUUGCCGGCCGGUGUUCGUUGAGGACGAACGUAGCGUCCUGGAAUUCGAGGAGCUGCGUCACCCUUGUCUGAUCACUGCCGUGGAAGACUUCAUCCCUAACGAUGUGAAGCUGGGCGGGGAGCGGCCCAAUAUCGACUUGCUCACUGGUGCCAACGCGGCCGGAAAAUCCACAGUUCUUCGCAUGACUUGCGUUGCUGUUAUCAUGGCGCAGAUCGGCUGCUACCUCCCUUGCCAAUCGGCACGUCUCACCCCAGUCGACCGUAUCAUGUCUCGGCUGGGAGCAAACGACAACAUCUUUGCCGCGCAGUCGACCUUCUUCGUGGAGUUAUCCGAGACGAAGAAGAUUCUGUCCGAGGCGACGCCCCGGUCGCUGGUGAUUCUCGACGAGCUGGGCCGCGGGACGAGCUCAUAUGACGGAGUCGCCGUUGCGCAGGCGGUGCUGCACCACGUCGCGACGCACAUUGGAGCGCUGGGAUUCUUCGCCACGCACUACCACUCCCUCGCGGCGGAAUUCGAGGGCCACCCGGAGAUCGCCCCGAAACGCAUGCGCAUCCACGUGGACGACGAGGAGCGGCGCGUGACCUUCUUGUAUAAAUUGGAGGCCGGCGUGGCGGAGGGCAGCUUCGGCAUGCACUGCGCGUCGAUGUGCGGCAUCUCGAAUAAGGUCAUCGAGCGGGCCGAGGUCGCCGCCAAGCAGUGGGAGCAUACCAGUCGGCUCAAGGAAAGCUUGGAGCGACGCCGCGGCGGCGGACUCAUCGGCUUGGGCUGGCUGAGCGAUGUUGCCUGGGCGAUCCGGGAGUCUCCCGGCGAGACCGGUGCCCAGAGCAAUGAUGAUAUAAGUGAGAGGGGGUUAGAAGUGUUGCUCAAGGCGAUUGAAGCUCUCUAA